AUGUUUUCAAGAUCCAUCCUCAGUUUCGCCGCGGCGGUGCUGUUCUGCAAGCCUGCGUUAUCGCAGACCUACUCAUCUUGCAAUCCCCUCUUUGGCACCUGUCCUGCAGACACUGCUCUAGGGAAAGCCAUCAGCAUCGAUUUCACGAAAGGCGAAGUCGAUUCUUUCACCGCUACCGGAAGUCCUACCUACGAUUCGUCCGGCGCUCAUUUCACCGUUGCAAAAUCUGGAGAUUCUCCUCAACUCUCAAGCAUAUUCUAUAUCAUGUUCGGCAAGGUUGAACUCACAAUGAAGUCUGCUCCUGGCGCUGGAAUUGUUAGCACACUCGUGUUGGAAUCGGAUGACCUGGACGAGAUCGAUAUGGAGUGGCUUGGAGCAGAUGAUACGGAGGUGCAGACCAAUUACUUUGGCAAAGGAGAUGUGACCACGUAUAACAGAGGCGCUUUUAACCCUGCCGCCAACAACCAGGGCGAGUUCAUUACUUACACAGUCGAAUGGACCCAAGACCAAGUUACCUGGUCUGUUGGAAACAGUGUGGUUCGAGUUCUGACACCUGCCACUGCCGAUACGAACCAAUACCCACAAUCGCCUAUGAGAGUCAAAUUCGGGGCUUGGGCUGGUGGUGAUUCUUCAAAUCCUGCAGGAACAAUCCAAUGGGCUCGUGGUCCAACGGAUUAUACCAAAGGACCAUUCACGAUGACCGUCCAAUCUCUUGCUGUCACUGACUACUCAACCGGCACGCAAUACAAAUAUGGCGACACAACUGGCGAUUGGGGAUCUAUUCAAGCUGUUGGGGGCAAGGUCAAUGGAAAUUCGGGAUCGGCAGCAACUGCAGUAGCAUCAGCUGAUGUUCCUGCUGUCACAUCUGCUUCUCCUUCAAUCCCUGCUGGUGGAAUUGGGGGAAACAGCCACACUGAUACUGCUUCACAAACGGGAUGGCCAUGGGUUGCAGCUACAACUCUUUCCACAGCUGUUGCUGCCACCUCCGCUCCUGGAGUCCCGGCUGGCUGGGUCAUCACCUCGUCUGGAAAAUUAGUGCCUGCAAGUUCUGCAGCAGUAUUAGCAGCAUCAACCCUUUCCUCUUCAGCGGACCAGUCAUCAUCGCCAUCCUCGCCCUCAUCGGGCGUUAUCCUUGAGACUGGCUGGGAUGAUCGCGGAUUUGCAACUACAAGAACAAUUGUCUCGGGAGGAGCUACCAAGAGCUAUGAUCAACAAGGCUUCCUGAUCACCUCUACACCAGCAAUGACAAGCACAAUGGCAAGUACACCAGCGACGGCGGCUGCCGCUUCGACCACGGCUGGUGGGGUGUGCUUCGGGACGAAUUGUGGUCCUAAGAACAAGAUUGUGGGCACAAGUACUUCAAAAGCGGCAGGUGCAAGACAAACUUCUGCAUGGGGUAGUAUGGCGGUUCUCGGAAUUGCUGCUGCUGUUGUAGAGAGACUACUGCUUUAA